CGACAAGAGACUGUGCUGUACUGCGGCGACUCCGACACACGCCGGAUAGUGCACAACAGGCGCCUCUUAUAACGCUCAGCUUUGUACUCCCACCUCACUACCCCCACUCACCCCCCACCCCCCCACACCACGAUGCCGGCCCUCCCCGCCCUCCGCCUGGCCCGCCGCCCAACCCUUGCCGCGGUCAGGCUGGCCGCGACACGCGCCCAGUCCACCUCGAUCAUGGACACGUCGUUCCUAAACGAGUCGCAGCUCGCCGUGCGCGACGCCGUCGCAAAGGUGUGCGAGCCGUUCGACAAUGCGUGGUGGCGUGACCGCGAGGCGACCAAGGCCGAUCCCAAAGAGUUCCACAAGGCGUUCGCCGACUCGGGCUUCCUGGGAAUUGCGCUGCCCGAGCGCUUUGGCGGCUCUGGCCUCGGUCUGCAGGAGGCCGCGAUCAUGAUGCAGACCAUCACGGAGAGCGGCGCGGGCUUCCCCGGCGCCCAGGCGACCCACGGCAACAUUUACGCCACGCAGCCCCUGGGCAUCUUUGGCACCGACGCGCAGCGCGAGAAGUUUAUCCCCAAGAUUGUGAGCGGAGAGUGGAGGACGUGCUUUGGUGUCACAGAACCCAACACGGGCCUCAACACCCUGUCGCUCAAGACGACGGCGACCCGCAACGCCGACGGCACAUGGACGGUCAAGGGCCAGAAGAUCUGGAUCACCGCGGCGCAGACGGCCAAGGUCAUGAUGCUGCUUGCGCGCACGACGCCACUCGAGGAAGUCAAGAAGAAGAGCGAGGGCCUGACGCUGUUCGUCAUCCCGCUCGACAAGAGCGAGGGCAACGGCCUGUCCAUGCGCCGUAUCCACAAGAUGGGCGGCAACGCCGUCGACUCGAACGAGGUGUGGUUUGACAACUAUGUCAUCCCCGCCGACUCGGUGGUCGGAGGCGAUGAGAACAUUGGCAAGGGCUUCAAGAUGAUCCUGCACGGCAUGAACGCCGAGCGUGUGCUCGUCGGCGCCGAGGCCCUGGGUAUCGGAUACGUCGCGCUGCAGAAGGCGGCCGACUAUGCGGGCGAGCGCGAGGUGUUUGGGCGCAAGAUCGGCCAGAACCAGGGCAUUGCGCACCCGCUCGCCGACGCCUACCUCCAGCUGUACGCGGCGACGGCCGCAACGUACCACGCCGCGCGGCUGUACGACGCCAGCCAGACGGACAAGAGCAUCAGCCAGAACGCCGUCGGCGUCGCCGCCAACGCGGCCAAGGCGCUCGCCGCCGAGGCGGGGUACAAUGCCGCCCAGCGCGCCAUCCUCGCCCACGGCGGCAUGGGCUUUGCCGUCGAGUACGACGUCGAGCGCUGGCUCCGCGAGAGCUUUGUGCCCCGCAUCGCCCCUGUCUCGCGUGAGAUGAUCCUGAACUACGUCGCUGAGCGCGUGCUCAAGCUGCCCAAGAGCUACUAGGCGCGCAAUUGGGUACUGGGGUGGCCGGCAGGCAGGCAGCAGGCAGGUUGCGACGUGUGUGUAUGAUGCCCACGCCGACGGCGUGGUGAUAGUGAGGCCAUAUGCAUUGGGUUG